UGAAUUUGUUGAAGUUUGUGUGUAAACAGCAUCGCUUGUUGUUUCGGUCGGUUUCUGUUGCUUGUCAACGGACGGUUGUUUAGUGCUUCUGUGCCGGAGAAAGUAUUGUUUUUUAUUCCUAACUUGACGAUCGUUCCGAACAACAAUGGGUGGAUGCCGUUGUACAUUCCGUGAGUGUGAAAACAGUACCACCUCGAAACCAGGAAUGCACUUUUUUCACUAUCCAAUUCGCGACUGGCCUCGGCUGGAGAAGUGGGCAAUCAAUGCCGACAAGAGGGAAUUCAAAAUGUUGGCACUAAGCAAACUGAAAAAUCGAGUGGUUUGCGAGGAUCAUUUUCGGAAUGAAAUGUUCAUGAACUAUCUGAAGGAAAGUCUAAUUAAGACGGCCGUACCCACACUGGACGUGCUGGAUGAUGGUCGCGUUUGGGAUGUGGAAACAAAUUCCAUCGACGAACGAGAGGAAUGGGUUAUCCCCAACAAGCAGAAACCCGAACGUAGCAAGGAAAAAGAGUCGUCGUUGAUAGUUCCAAUGCAAACGGACAAUGCAACCAUGCAGAUUCAAUUUCUUGAUGCGGAACAGUCCAAAAUUGAAAUAUCAUCCGUUGGUAGCAGACAACCGAAGCUACUUAAUAAAGAUCCACAUCCUCUGCCUGUUGCGGGAUCUUCGCAAACGACAUCUACCGUACUACGGAAACUAGUUUUUAAACGUAAAAAAUCAACUAGCGAAGAAAAAACCGCACAAAAAGUUCAAGUUCUUUCAAUACAAAGAGUGAAGAAACCGUUUUCGAAUAUCGAACAAAUUGAACACUUUGAAAACUGUGUACCAUGUGAUGAUAUGCCAGCAUCGGCAUUGCCAUCGUCUUCAACUGACGAAACCAUUAUUUUAGACCAACCUGACCCAAUCAUACAAACCGCGGUGUCGACAGUAAUAGAUCCGGCAUUACUAGAAAAACUGGAACAAAACUCCAGGGAAAUCAGCGAAUUGAAAGGCUUACUUAAGGAAGCUCUCAACAAACCAGCUCCGGAACCGAAAGUUAUCACGGUUGAAGUUCCCACAAUCGUACCUGCGCCGGCCGCAGCGAUUAACAACAACAGCUCACCCAAGCUCGAGAAAGGUCCCCACAUGAACAAAGUCCAGCUGUUCAACGGUAUCAAGCGCUAUCUCAACCCAACCAUGGUGGCACUGCUGCGGAUGGAACUGUUUGGCGGUUCGGCCGAGCGUGAAUGGAAAACGGACGAAAAAUCACUGGCCGUUGAGCUGCUGGGUAUGGGCGACAAUGUUUACGAUCAUUUUUGCGAAGAGUUUCGUUUUCGGUUGCCAUCGAAGAAGGACGUCCAGAAGUGGAACGAACAGGAACUGAAUGACGACGAUGCUUCCUAGGAAGUGGUUUGAAAAUUGAACUGCCGCUAGAAGGAGGAGGAUGUGCGCAGAUCUCAGCAAUCUCAUAACAUUCGAUGUAGGAAACUGAAAACGACUUAAAUAAACUUGAAAGUAACUCCCCGAGCAAAUUCUUCUGAUGAUUUUCGAAACGGUUUCGCUAUUAACUGUCCGCAAAUAGUUCAGCGUAAACUGCUAAU